AUGCCGACAGCACCAACCAAACCCGAGUUUUGGAAGACACCCAUCCACUACUUGAGAUGGGCUUCCAUCAAUAGGCCCGCUUACUUCUGGGCUUCCUGCAUUGGUGCCCUGGGUCCCGCCAUGUUCUUCAUUGCGCCGCCGAUUCGCCGGUUCUUUGGCGACGACAACCCAAGACCAAAAAUUCCGCGAACGUACCCCAUACCAAAGGGACCGAGACCCAGACCAGCGGGAUUCGAGGACGAGUAG